AUGUUGUCCAGAUACUUAUGCGUUCUCCUUCUCUGCUUUUUGGCUCUCAGUACGGCAAAUAGCGAGUCUAACACUUUUGAUCGUCAGGACCGUGAUUAUCGUCCUCUACAGUUCGGCAAGCGAGAGGGAUAUCGUCCUUUGCAGUUUGGAAAACGUGAAUUCAGGCCGCUUCAAUUUGGGAAAAGGGACGGGCAACAAUCUCGAUUCAACGAAGAUCUUUACUAUAUGCCUAUGGUCAACUAUUGA